UCUUCCGUAUCUUUCCCGUUCUCCUUCCACCCCAUAUAUGAUCUGAGAAACACCGACCGUUUGCGAUGGGGUUACUAUCGCUGAGAAACCGUCCCGCCCUCAUGUCGUUCGAUAAGAUGCCGCAGUGGGGAAAGGACCGCCCAACCCGGGAGUCGAACCGCACCCAUCUGGGUUCGAUCGAACCGGUUCGUCUUCCCAAGUUGAGUGCGUUUGACAAGAAAUAUGCGUUUGGGCACGCCGUGUGUUGGGCAUGCUCUUCCUCCUCGCCUCUCCAAUCUCGUGGCCAAAGGACCAAGUUGCUUCUUGCUGAAAUCUUAAGAAUGGAAGGCAGUAUGGCCCAGAUUAACCAUGUUGAGGGUGAAGAAGAAUAUGUGUUACUUGACUUGGAUGAUGUGUGUGUUCGUGCUGAUAUUCCUGCCAAUGCUCCCUAUGUCCUCUCUGGUUUGGAUACAGUGAAACCGGUGUUGGUCAUUGGCGAUCUGAAACUGAUUGGAGAAUACCAAGAGACCAUGGGAACAUGCUACAUCUUCUCUGAAGGUGAUGGUGCACCUACCGUGACAUGUUCUGAGACGAAGCCUUCUGAAACAAAUGUUUUCAAGGACAAACAAUUCCUUGAUCCAAAACAAGCUCCAUCAAAACAGGUCAAGCCCAUAGCUAGCCUGCACAAAAUUCUCAAAUUUAAGCUGGUAUCAGAGGAUCAGAAUGAAAUGGCAGAAGGGGUGACUACUAGUUUUUCAUGAUUCUCUUGUUUUAGAUAUCGGUAUGCUCACUCUGUUAUACCUUUAUGACAAACAAUCGUAUGACUAAGCUUCCUUGAGCAUGUUCCUCUUGUUUGCUUUUGAGAGGCAUUAGACAUGUUGAAUGGAACUGGAAGGAAUCUAAUGUUGCUUUGACGAUCAUCCGAUUGGAUCGAAGCCCUGCCACUCAUGUAUUCUUCUUCAUGGAUAUGCUUCCAGGGUCAGAGAUUUAUGCUGACAUUAGACACCGUCUAGUUCUUUUUCUUCUUUCAACAUUCUUUGUCUGAUUGAUAUAUCACAAUCCUACAAGUAGUCCUCUUCAAUAUAGGUGGCCUCCACAUUGUAGAGAAGCCCAACCUUUUCUUCCUGAUGUGAUGGGAGGAAGGAAAGAUAAAGAUAGAAGAUGGAAAAAGGAAUUAGGUAGAAGGAAACGGACUCCCUUACUGUAAUUUGCACAGAUUUCACAAGGAUUUGCUGCUAUAUACUUCCUGUACAAAUCUGAAGGGAUUAUGCUUCCUCUCCCAGGCUUAUACAUGUACGAGGGAUACAAUUUAUAUUAUAGCAAAAAGGGAAUCCCGCGUACAAAUAUUAUAGCCACCAGGGACACGUUCAGCGUCAUGCUGCUUAUAAUAGACAUGGAAGAAGAAGAAGAAGGCCUGGAAGCAAUUUGCAUGAAAGUUUAAGGAUCUAAUUCCGAACAGCCGCAGUCGAUGAAAAUGAUGUUUGGUAAAAGCCAUCCAAAUUCAGAGAAAAUCUCCACUGGUGGUCAAAAAAGUUGGGCAGUUGUAGCUGGCGAUCACGAAGCAGUCAACAGACACAUUCUUCGAUGAGAGUUGGCACUUUUGCACUCCACAUUCUGAUUCACUGAAUACUACUACUACUAGUGGGUAUCUUUCUCGUCUCCUUUUACUGUUGAGCGGAGAUUAGCGUUAGAAUAUGCUGUUGUUUCUUGAGAACCACUCUCUGGUAUAUUGGAAUAUGCUGUGACAAAAGGAACACAUUUCUUUAUGAAACAGAGAGGCGACUGGAUU